GUAAAUUUUUAAAACUAGUUUAUUCAACUUGAUUGAAUCAUUAUUUGUAGUAGCUCAAUGCUACAAUCAGCCUAAGCUGAUCAUUCAUUAUAGAUUCUACUUUUUUUUGUAUCUUUCUUUUCCGAGUUUUGAAUUUUAUAAUUUGAGACAAAAAUCCUUACUGAAUAUGGCUGGUAUUAAUUCAGAUAUGGUCAUAUUGACCGGGAAUUCGCAUAAAGAGUUUGCUAAAUUGAUUGCCGAACGAUUGGGAGUAAGAUUGGGUGCCUGUUCAAUUUAUCAUUCAUCAAAUCGUGAAACGGUUGCCGAAAUUGGAGAUUCUGUUCGUGGUCGUGAUGUUUAUAUUGUUCAGACUGGAGCCAAAGAUGUUAACAAUGUCGUCAUGGAAGCAUUGAUUCUAGCGUAUGCAUGUAAAACAUCUUCGGCCAAAAACAUUGUUGGCGUUUUUCCUUACAUGCCGUAUUCGAAACAAUCAAAAAUGCGUAAACGUGGUUGUAUUGCCGCCAAAUUGAUGGCCAAAUUGUUUUGCAAAUCAGGCUUCACUCAUAUAAUCACAAUGGAUCUACAUCAAAAAGAGGUCCAAGGUUUCUUCGACAUUCCAGUCGAUAAUCUACGUGCAUCACCAUUUUUGUUGCAAUAUAUACAAGAAUCGAUACCUGAUUAUCGUAAUGCAGUGAUUGUAGCCAAAGAUCCUGGUUUAACCAAAAAAGCAACCUCAUAUGCUGAACGUUUACGAUUGGGUAUUGCAGUUAUUCAUGGUGAACAAAAAGUACCGGAUUCUGAUCAAAUUGAUGGCCGUUCAUCUCCACCACCGCAUAAUCUAAGCACAUCGCCAUCUGCAUCAUCAUCAUCUCUUGAAAACCGAAUCAUUGAUGUUCGACUGGACACAAUACCAAGUUUAGCUGAAAAAAAUAAACCACCGAUGACUGUUGUAGGUGAUGUUAUGGGACGAAUUGCUAUCAUUGUCGAUGAUCUUAUUGAUGAUGUUGCUGCAUUUGUGGCAGCAGCCGAAGUUCUUAAAGAACGUGGAGCCUAUAAAAUUUAUGUAUUAGCCACACAUGGACUUUUAAGCCAAGAUGCACCACGAUUAAUUGAAGAAUCACCAAUUAAUGAAGUUGUUGUUACAAAUACAGUACCACAUGAAGUACAAAAACUUCAAUGUGGCAAAAUCAAAACGGUAGACAUUUCCAUAUUAAUAUCGGAAGCAAUUCGUCGUAUCCAUAACAAUGAAUCAAUGUCUUAUCUUUUCCGUAAUGUUACUUUGGAAGAUUAAACAUUUAUGCCUGCCAUUUCUUAUUUUAUCGCAAUUCAAUUUUUUUUUGAAAAAUA